CCGGGCGGUGCGGCCAUGGCCGUGUGCGGGCAGGAGGCGGCGGAGUUGGAGGUGUACGCGUACGAGGACCCCGCGCACCCCGCGCGGCUCCUGGGGGCGUUCCGCGGCUUCUAUCUGGACGGGCUGUUCACUGACAUCGCGCUCCAGGGCGCCUCGGGAGUCUGCCUCCGCUGCCACAGAGCCGUCCUGGCGGCUUGCAGCAGUUACUUCAAAGCCAUGUUCACGGCCGACAUGAAGGAGAAGGCUAAAAGCCAGAUCAGGCUUCCCGAGCUCAGCCACGCCGUGCUGGAAGCCCUCGUGAAUUAUGCAUACACCUCCCAGAUCCAGAUAACAAAGAGAAACGUCCAAAGCCUGCUGCAGGCGGCGGACCUCCUCCAGUUCGCCUCGGUCAAGAAAGCCUGCGAGCAGUUUCUGGUCAGGCACUUGGAUACCGACAACUGCAUAGGGAUGCAUGCCUUUGCCGAGUACCACAACUGCUCAGAGCUGGAGAAGGAGGCGCGGAGGAUGCUGCUGUGGCAGUUCGAAGACGUGUGGAAGCAGGAGGAGUUCCUGGACAUCGGAAAGGAGAAGCUCGCGUUUAUUCUCUCUAGAGAGAACCUGAAUGUUUGGAAGGAAGAGGCAGCCAUCGAAGCGGUGGUGAAGUGGGUAGCGCACAACGUGGAAGAGAGAAUCGAGGACAUCUAUGAACUGCUGAGCUGCAUCCAAAUAGACUUAGAUAACGUGUAUUUGAGGUCAGCUUUAAGCCUACAAAAAAAAUGCCGACUUAAUGAUAAUAAAAUACGGUCACUCGUAUACAACGCCCUGAACCCCAGUCCCAAAGGCCUUUCCAAAAGACCAACGGCCGCCAUGUAUGUGAUUGGAGGGUAUUAUUGGCAUCCCUUAUCAGAGGUGCAUGUUUGGGAUCCGUUAACCAACACAUGGGUCCAGGGAACAGACAUGCCAGAUCAUACCCGGGAGAGCUAUGGGGUCACGAAUUUGGGACCAGACAUAUAUGUGACGGGAGGUUAUAGAACGGAGAGCAUUGAAGCCCUUGAUACUGUGUGGAUAUAUAACAGUGAGAGAGACGAGUGGACUGAAGGCUGCCCCAUGCUUGAUGCGAGGUAUUACCACUGUGCAGUUUCCCUGAGUGGCUGCAUCUAUGCGUUGGGUGGUUACCGGCAGGGAGCUCCAGUGCAAGAAGCAGAGUUCUAUGAUCCUUUAAAAAAGAAAUGGGUUCCUAUUGCAAACAUGAUCAAAGGUGUUGGAAAUGCCACUGCCUGUGUCCUGCACGAAGUCAUCUACGUAACCGGAGGUCACUAUGGCUACAGAGGAAGCUGCACCUAUGAUAAAAUCCAGAGAUACCAUUCAGGUAGCAAUGAGUGGAGUAUAGUCACCACAAGUCCGCAUCCAGAAUAUGGAUUGUGUUCAAUUACGUUACAAAACAAGAUCUAUUUUGUGGGUGGACAGACCACGAUCACGGACUGCUAUGACCCAGAGCAGAAUGAGUGGAAGCAGAUGGCUCACAUGAUGGAGAGAAGAAUGGAGUGUGGUGCCGUGGUCAUGAAUGGAUGCAUCUAUGUAACAGGAGGAUAUUCCUAUUCAAAAGGAACGUAUCUGCAGAGUAUUGAGAAAUACAACCCUGAACUGAACAAAUGGGAAGCACUGAUGAAAAUGGCUGAAAACGGAGAUGGUGAAAACAUGUCUAUCUUGGAAAGCAAAAUCUGUCAGCAAAUUGAGUACUAUUUUGGCAAUCACAAUCUACCAAGAGACAAGUUCUUAAAGGAACAGAUCAAAUUAGAUGAUGGCUGGGUGCCUUUAGAAGUAAUGAUCAAAUUCAACAGGUUAAGUCGUCUGUCUAAAGAUUUUGGUGUUAUAGUAGAAGCACUAAGAAAAUCCAAGACUGGUCUAAUGGAAAUAAAUGAAGACAAAACUAAAAUCAGGAGAUCUCCAAAUAAACCUCUUCCUGAAUUGAAUGACCAGUACAAGGCUGCAAUUAAAAACAGAUCGGUAUAUGUUAAAGGCUUUCCAGUAGACGCAACUCUUGAUGAUAUCAAAGAAUGGCUUGAAGAUAAGGGUCCAGUUGAAAAUAUUCAGAUGAGGAGAACUCUGCAGAAAACGUUUAAGGGAUCAAUAUUUGCGGUUUUUGAUAGUGUUGAAUCUGCGAAGAAGUUCACAGAAAUCCCAAACCAAAAGUACAAAGACACAGAGCUGAUAGUGCUUUUCAAGGAAGAGUAUUGUACAAAGAAGAAUGAAGAAAGGAAACAAAACAAAGUAGAGGCCAAAGCAAGAGCUAAACAGGAAAAAGAAGAAAAAGAGAAAAAAGCAGCAGAUGCUGAGAUGAAAUCUCUAGAAGAAAAGACAGGAUGUCUUUUGAAGUUUUUUGGUGAUCUAGAUGAUCAAACAUGCAGAGAAGAUCUCCAUACAGUAUUUUCUGAUCAUGGAGAAAUCAAAUGGAUACACUUUGUAAGAGGUGCAAAGGAGGGAAUUAUCCUAUUUAAGGAUACUGCAAAAGAAGCUCUGGAAAAAGCCAAAGCAGCACAUAAUGGAAACUUACAGCUUCGGAACAAGGAUGUUACUUGGGAGUUGCUAGAAGGAGAUGAAGAGAAAGAAGCUUUGAAAAAAAUAAUGGAAGAUCAGCAGGAAUUGCUGAAACAGAAAACAAAAGGACGCAAAGUUAAAGGAAAAGGAAGAGGGGGGAAGAUACCUCAAGGCGCACAAAAAGGGAAAGUACAGUUUCAGGGCAAGAAAAUAAAAUUUGAGGAAGAAGGUGAAGAUGAUACUAAAACAGAACCAGCAAGUCCUAAGAAGAGACCACUAGAGGAAAUAGAAGAAGAAGAACCUGCACCAAAACAACUGAAAACAGAAAAUGGAGAUGGAGAUCAGUAAUACUAAAAUAAAAAUAACAUUGUUUUUAUUAGUCCAUUUUAAAUAAGUUUUAAAGACAUGCUUCAGUUCAGGAGUUUCUUGGCAGAAAUCUAAUGAAAUCCACUUCAAUGUCAACCUGCAAUGAGAAGAGAGCUUCGUGGUGUUGGGUUACAGCUUUUUUUUUUUUUUCUUGUUCUAAGCAGCAUGCUUAAUUUUAAGAUGCCACUCUGGAGAAUUAUUUUGUAUUUAUAGUUUUGUUUAUACUGUCAGAUGGUCUCAACUUCUCUUGCACCUCAUUCAAAUGUAAAAGGUUCCUGACUUUGUAACCUCGAAGUUAUAUUAAACAGCAGCUGCCAAUAAAUUCAGAACUUAAAACUGCUCA